AACGGGAUCAUCAUCAUGAGAGAGGAGAUUGACCAAUCCCAUAGCAGCCUCCCUCGCCUGUAAGCCCUUGCUCUAAAGCCGUUCUCAUGGGAAACAUAACCAGGAGGGGAAGCAGAGACCUGGGGGCUGACAGUGCCAUGUUGGUGGAGGAGAGCCUGGCCACCACACUGCACUCUAAACUGUAUGAGGCCAUCAUCAAGGAAGACUGUAACACCAUCAAGACACUUCUCAGAAACCACCCUGUCAACCAGCCCCUCACCGUCCUGCCCAGCUCCACCUGCUACAGAGGACUGAGCCAGCAGACACAGCCAAUCUACCCCAUCCAUCUGGCCGCCGAAUACCACAAGCCACAAAGUUUGUUUUGCUUGUUACAACACGGUGCUGACCCAGAAGUAAGGGAUGCCCAAGGCCUCACUGCCCUUCACCUGACGCUGCUCAACUGGCCAGCCUCUUCUACCACUAGGACCAAACCCAGCACUCGGAUCCAAGAGAUCCUGACGGACAUUCAGAACAACGCUGUCUUGUGUCUGUGCAUUUUGUGUGACCACGGAGCUCAAGUUAAUGCCCGGGUAGACAACAGCAACAGGUAUUCAGCCCUCCACUUGGCCAUAACACACGGGGCCUACCCCGUUCUCUCCUUUUUGGCUCAAAAUGGUGCCCAGGUCAAUGCUACUAAUGAAUCCAGCAUGACGCCCCUCCACAUGGCUGCAGACAUCCUGAACAAAAACAUGAUAGAGACACUCAUUGCCUGUGGGGCCGAUGUGAACCGUGCCAUCUCAUCUACUGGAAGCACAGCUCUGAAGCUGGCCGUGUGCACUGCAUCGAGCAAAGCUGGCCAACUGCUGGCAGCAGGGGUGGGCUGCAUCCGUCUGCUGCUAAAUAACGGAGCCCAGGUCAAUGCCCAGGACCACGAAGGCCAGACAGCUCUGCACGAGGCAUGCUUUGGAGGCAGAGAAGUGAUCAUCAGUCUCUUACUGGAAUUUGAGGCAAACGUUAACAUUUUAACAAGAAAUGGGGAGUCUCCGAUUUAUAUGUACCUUCAGCACAGUUCCAACAUCAGAAACAGUACGCUUCUGGCCAAACUACUUUACCACACUUAUCCUUUGAGACUGAGCAAUAAACAGGGGAUUCUGCCAGCAGGGAUCAUGCUGCCAGAGUACCACCUCCUGAGGGAGACCCUAGUAAAGUUAUCCAAAAAACCUUUAACCCUCAAGGCCAUCUGUAAGAGAAAUAUCAGGAAUGUUUAUGGGGAGAAGUACAAAUUCCACCUCAAGAAGCUCCUCCCUGCCAAGCUCUGGAACUCCAUCUAUGGCAUCUAUGACCUCACCUACGUGCUGAAAGGAGAGCCAUGACCUCAGUGGGUGCCAGAGAACCUCAGCAAUGCACACUAUUGUUUCUGGCUAGACAGAUACCAGAAAACACUUGGACUUCACUUCCUACUGCAACGCACAAACUACUGGCCCUUAAUCCCUCCAAAAAAUUAAAAGUGACUUGCACAU